AUGGCCAGUGAACUACAGAGACAAGAUUCAAGUCAGCUUUAUGAAUACACUGAAGGAGAUGGUUACCCUGGUGAGCAGCAGUCACUCAGGUUUCGGCAAGUUUCAUCUCGAGCUUCCAAUCAGAAUUAUCCUCAGUUCAACUGGAGCUCGACCCCCGAAGAUGAAGCCAGCAACGGUGGACCCAAACGGGACCUCAAAAGUAUUGCCCUGCCCAUGCAUCUGAGAAGAGCUAUGAGGGAGGUGCAGCAAAUGAGGUUGCCAGUAGUUUCCAGAUUUCAGUCCUGGAAAGGGAGACGGACCAAAUCACUGCGUAAAGCCGAAAAUAACUGCAGGCAAUUUUUUUACUUUUUCUCACUGUGGAGGAAGUCACUGCAAAAGAUUGGAGGGAACUUUGGAGGUGGUGUCCUGUCUUACUUCGUGUUCCUGCGGUUCUUGGUGGUUCUUAAUUUUGUUUCCUUCUUUCUGAUUGCUGGAUUUGUCCUCACCCCCAGCAUUGUCUUCAGAUCUGUGGAAACCAAAAGCACAGAUCCUGGCAUUUUUGCUGUCAACAUCUCGCUUGAUAAUAACUUGAAUGGAACAAAUGGCACUGAGAAAUGUGAGAAGUAUGACCUUCCAGGCUCGAAGGUGUUCUAUCAGUACCUGCUUGACUUCUUUUCAGGAACGGGUUUUAUGGAGUAUUCAUACCUGUUUUAUGGCUACUACAACAACACAGUGGUGGAGAACAUGAACUUCUCCUAUAACAUCCCCCUUGCCUACAUUCUCACUGCUGUAUUCUACUUUGCCUUUUGUCUCAUCUGCAUCAUAGCACGCAUGGGGACUGCAGCUCGCGUUGCUGUGGCAACAGGAGGCAGCUCUAGGGUGGGCAUCUACAGCAUGAUCGUGUUCACCGGAUGGGACUAUGGUUGCCUGGGAGACAGAGCUACCAAACUGAAGCAGAAAAACAUCCUCUACCAGCUACAGGUGGAUCUGGAGGAGCAGAGACUAAAGAAACAUGAAGCUAAUCUGUCAACAUCGCAAAAAGUGUUUUUAUACUCGCUACGUGUUUUCAUGGGUAUUCUUUCACUUGGGUUCAUUGGAGGUGCCUUCUUUGGCAUAUUUGUGGCCACAAACUUCAGCCAGAACAGUGUUAAGCAAGGGAUCCUUGGCUUGAUUAUUCAGUAUCUCCCAUCCAUUGUCAUCACCACUGGAAACUUUGUGGUGCCUCUGCUGUGUGACCAGAUCGCCUUAAUAGAGAAAUACUCCCCAAGCACUACUGUCAUAGUGGCUCUCUUAAGGGCAGUGUUUCUGCGUCUGGUGAGUCUGGGUGUCCUUCUCUUCACCCUAUGGAAUGGGAUCACCUGCAAUGGGAACAAGACCAAUCAAGAUUGUCAAUUGUGCCAAUACAACUACACAGCCUUCCCGUGCUGGGAAACACGUGUGGGACAGGAGAUGUACAAGCUGACGCUGUUUGACCUCCUCAUCACCAUUGCUGUUCUUCUGUUGGUUGAAUUUCCACGCAGGGUUGUAGUGGAUAAAUGUUCCUGUAAGCCUGUUCAGUGGGUGGGGCGGCAGGAGUUUGUGGUUCCCUCCAAUGUGCUCGGGCUGGUUUAUGGUCAGACUGUGGUUUGGGCAGGAGCUCUUUUUUGCCCUCUGCUGCCUGCUAUCAACACCCUGAAGUUUGUCAUCGUGUUUUACUGCAAGAAGAUAACACUCUUCCAAAACUGUCGGCCAGCACUGAAGACGUUUCGUUCCACCACUUCCACCUUCUUUUUCCUGGUGGUGCUCCUGUUUGGAUGGGGCUUGGCAACAGCUGUCAUCGUUUACAGUCUAUCCGAGAUCCAUCCCUCUUACGGUUGCGGUCCUUUCCGUUUCUCCCCUACCAUGUGGUCGAUUGUUCCAAAGUCUUUCUACAGUCUCUCUGAAGUCACACAGGAGUUUCUCUUCUUCAUUGGCUCUCAGGCGUUCUCCAUCCCUCUUUUUGCAUUAUCAGUUGUGGCGAUGUGCUAUGUCAUAGCUUUAACAACUGUCUAUGGGAGAAGUGUUGCGCUGCUAAAAGCUCAGCUUAAACUGGAGGGCCGUGACAAGCAAUUCUUGAUCAAGCAGAUUGAGAGCCUGAGUCAGCAACCUCACAUACGGACACAUACAGGAGUACGAGACUGAACACGACAUAUGGGCAAAGUUUAAUAUUAAGCAUG